UCUACAAAGAAAUAUGUUGAAGACAAAUUGAAAGAAACCGAGAGGUUCCAUCAUACUGCUGUUUCAAAGAGCUCACACUCCAAGAAAAAGAGGAGGAAAUCAAAUUCUGAAAGAAAUAAAAAGAAAAGCAGACAUGAAAAGAGUAACAAGAUGGAAUUCCCCAUGUUGUCAGAUCCACACAAGCCUGUACCACUUAUUACACAGAAUAGGAUCACUACCUCAGUUGGAAUAUACAACAAAGCAAAGAAAUCUGACAAAGUUUUGCGAGAUUUGAUAAUACCAGAUGCUGUUAGGGUAAAAACUCAGGAAAGCUUACAAAAGAUACUUGAUGUGUCGGAAGCUAAUCUUCCACCAGCUCCAAACCUCGAUUCACCCCUGAUAUUGGAUGAUAUGGCUGUUGGUCUGGUACAAGUAGUGCAGUCUGACUCUCCUAUGCCAUGUAUUCAUUCACCAAAACCUGUCAAUGUUGCUCCAGCACCCAAACGAAUUGCUGCUAUUAAUUCUCAUGCAGAUAACAAUGAAGGAUCAUCACGUCAUAGAGGAAGGUCAACAGAUGAACAUAUAACUCAUACUCAGAGUUUUGUACCUCAUGUCAAUACAAGUACAGAGCUUUCACCGAUAUCAGAAGCUGCAGAAAUGAUACAAUCAUCAUUUAAUCUUAAUAGUGUCUUCCAUGGCAGAGACUACUUUGCAGAGAUCAAAGAUAGUCUUCUGAAGCAGCUCCAUAGGCAGAGACAAAGUUCUGCCCUGAAAACUCCCAGAAAACCUCACAUACCGAGCAGGCGGCACUCCUCAGUCAGGAAGAAUCUCACCAAGGAGUUUGACAGAAAAUCAGGGAGUGUACAGUCAUGUCGCCUAGCUAGUGAGAGCAGUGUACAGCAAAGUGAUAUUGUAAGAAGAUCUGACCUGAUUCCAAAGUCCAAAAGUCCAUAUGGGAUUGAACUCACCAAGCCUCACAUCACCAGGGGAUCAUCCUCACGGACGGUGUCCACUGCUCAUACCAUCGCAGCACCUCCAUCAGAUGUGAUACAAAUCAAUGCAUAUGAAGAAUGUGCAAGGACACUUCAACAUCAGCCAACGGUGGAUAUAUCAGUUGAUGAGUUCUUUCCUAGGGUUGAAACACAGAUGCUACAUGGUACGCACACUGUUGAUAUUCUGGACUCCAUUCAACUCAGCUGUAGCAGCAACAGUGACAGCUUCUCCUACCCCGGUCCUCAUCACAUGGCAGGCACUAUCAUCCCUACAUCAUCCCUCAUCUACCCACCCCAUCUAGAUCCUACAUUGCCAUUCCAGGAGGCUGAAAGGUACGCCAUGACAGCAAGGAAACACCACGGUCAACAUGGGAUGAUUGUUCUCAAGAAGGGAAAGUAUGCGCCUUAUGAAGAAGAUUCUCCCGAGUACUCCCUUCCAUUGCCACCUCCACCAGUUCUGCCUCCAAGUUCACCAAGUCCACCCAAGAUGUUCCGCAGACAGAGAAUGUACUAAGAUUCAGGAAACACAGACACUAGAAUAAUAUCCUUCGGGGAGGGGUAGGGGAGGGGGGAAAAUGUUAAGCCUUGUAUCAGGGGUUACUGAUAUGUUUCCUUUCUUUGCCACCUCAAUUGGUUCCGUAUCUUUAAGCUCACCACGUCCAGAUCCGCCCAAGAUGUUACCCAGACAGAGCACAUACUAGAUAAUUAGUCAGGACGUAUUCAAGUAGCACAAGUCAUCCAGAGGGGCAAAUACAAGCCAUAUUGUGAGUUUUCACAGAUAUUACAUUUCCUUGCUCCCUAAACUGGUUCUGUUAUAUACUGCCAAGCUUGCCAAGUCUGCCCAAGAUGUUCCAAAGACAGAGAUGUUUUAGAUAGUUAGGACACAUCAAUGAAACACAGACAUGAGCCUCUAAAUUGUCCCUCAGAUGUGAAGCCAGCCAUAUAUCAUGUGUUACCAUAUAACAUUAAAUUUCCUUGCCACGUCAACACAAUUUGUUUCUGCAAAAAUUCUAGUAAAUAUUGGUUGUGAACUUUUCAAAAAGUCCAAGCACAAUAUAUGUGUAUAAAAAGAGCAGGACCCCUGCCCCUUGUGCCCUGUGUGGAUUUUAUCAUGGGUGGGGGUAAUGAUCGAGCCAGUCCAUCAAAAUUUAAUAAAUGACGAUCUAUUAUAUCAUGAGGCACAGUGAAGGGGAAGAAAUCAAGGUUUCAAAUUCUACAUUACUUUGAAUUUAUUUUGAAAUAAGUACACAUCUGGGUUCUUGCAUUCAUUCUGGAAAUUAUU